AUGCCUCGCUUCUGCGACCUCGCAGGUGCGGAAAGAUCUCACACCUACGGUCACUGCCAAUCCCCCUCUCUUUCACUUCUGCGGUCACCUUCCCGCUUCUACAGGCUUGCACCUACAGUUCCCACUCCGCAGGUAGGUUUGGACGAAGAGGUAAAAAGACGCUUUUGGAAAGAUUUGGAUGCGUUGUUGCGGGGUAUACCAUCCACCGAGAAGCUUAUUAGAGAGGGUGAAUUUAACGGACACAUUGGGAGGCCGCCUGGGGGAUAUGACGAUGUGCAUGGUGGCUUCGGUUUUGGAUAUACAAAUGGAGGAGGUGCUUCGCUACUAGAGUACGCUAAAGUUUUUGAGAUGGUGAUUGCUUACUCGUGUUACUCGAAGAAGGCAGAGCACCUAAUAACUUUUCAAAGUGUGGUGGCUAAGACCCAGAUUGAUUAUCUACUUCUCCGAAAAUGUGAUAGAGUUUUAUGCACGGAUUGCAUGGUCAUGCCGAGUGAGAAUCUUACGACCCAACAUAUGCUUUUGAUUAUGUACUUAGAGAUCAGGUGGACGAGGAAGGGGAGGGCUAUGUAUGGUAUACAUAGGGUCAGGGAAUGGUGGUGGAACGAAGAGGGUCAUAGGAAAGUGGAAGCCAAGAUAGCAACAUAUUUGAAGCUAGUAGAGAGUAUAGACGAGGGGCAGAAGGGUGCUAACAGAGAGGGGUAUAAGAAGGCUAGGAAUGAGGCAAAGAUGGCGGUUACUGCGGCUAAGACCGCCCGUAUAGUCGUGUAUACGAAGAAAUUGGGGAUAAAGGCGGGGACAAGAAGUUAUACAUGCUAG